UAUUGAGACAUGGCUGGAGCGGGGCUUAUUGCAAUAAUCUCCCUUACAUCGAGCCUGGUUUAUGCGCAGACAGGCCUUGAGCUUUCGACCGGGAAACAUUGCAAGCGUGUCUCACAUGCUCGUAUCUUGAGCAACGGACGAGCAAGAGAGGGGGAGCUAGAAGACGAUUCGAUGAUUAUACGACGGAUGACAUAUGGCCGGCGGGUGGUUGGGUGUGUUUGUUUUACAUAUGGCUCGACUUGCAGACGCGGUUGAGAGACACGGCGCUUAUACGUGACUCGACGUGAAUACGCCCAAGUCUUGCAUAUCUGCUGUUUCACGGCGCUUCAAAACGAUACAGGUUAGGUGACAUGAGUAGUAAGUAUAUUCUCUGCUGUAUCGGACAAAUGGCCAUCAGAUUGUUGGCAUGAAGCUGCUCUGCUAUAUCAAUUAUACUCUCACGUAGCACAACAGAGUCGGAUACGCAGCGCUACACCGGCAGCACUAAUAAUAGGCGCGGCUACUCCAAGUUAAGAAAAGGCGAGAAUCACAGCAUGCAAUCCCCUCUUUUCUCGUCCGUGAUCACGGCAACAGCCCAUUUAUCCGAAUCAUCCAACCCGAGCUGACCCUCAGCCACGUCCGCUAUUCCUGUGGCGCAAGCCCCGACAUCCGGACCCUGAACUCCACCGCUGAUAACGCCUUUGAUAGCCGUGCCUCUCCCUUAUCGUCAAUCCCGACUCCGCCGAAGUCUUUUGGUGAUUGCUGGUGCUGGUCGAGUAACUCUUACUCGAUCGAAUGCUGAUUGGCCGCGCGCAACCGCAGUCUGCCACUCAGGACCAUGCGAUCCCAUCUCGGGUCUCCAUCGGGCAAAACCGAUAAGGGUGAUGUGGGCCUUUUUUUUUUUUUUUUUUUUUGUCCCUUGAUCUUUCUCGGUUUGUUAGUGAUCUUCGGACUUUGCGAAUCCCUUCAUUUUUCUUCUUUUGACUUUGGUUUUGCCGCUAUGGAGUGGAAAAAUUUGCAGCUGCUCUGGGAGGAAACUGCUAGCAGUUGGCUGGCUGGUAGAUUCAUAUAGCCAGAAUUGCAGGUUAAGGCGAUGCAGUUCCAACAUCUCCGGCGCCUUAGCCACUCCUUAUCUACCGCUCGCCCCGUAUCAUCGCGACUUGAGAUAAGGCCAGCCCGCCACUAUCCACCAGAUGGCCUAGGCUGCUUCAGGAGUGUCAUCGGACCCGGCCGACGAUGCGGUUGCCUCUCCUCUUCGCUCUUUUUCUUCUUAUUUCGUGUUUUCCUUCCUCCCCCCUUCCACUAGUAGUCUGUGAAGUUAUUCGUACUCUUGCUGUGCGCCUCGUGUCACUGUUUCUCGUCGUGAAGGCCUCUUAGAAGUAGCGGUGUCUCGCUCCAAAGAGCCCAUCUCACUCAACGCCCACAGCCGCCGAGCCCGGAACGAUCCCCCCGGGCUGUAGUUGUCACCAUGACCGUCUCUCAUACCUCCAACGUCGGGCCUCUCAACGUCCUCGUCUCGACGCGAGCAGUCCUCACGCUUCCGGACAACUCCCUCGUCAUCUCUCCGGCCACCAUUUGCGUAUCCCCCGAGCUCGGCAAGAUCGUCUCUAUUGUGCCAGAGAUUGUGCCUGCCUCGGCCUUCCCUCCCAGCGCUACCUAUGUAGACCACUCUCCCAAGCUGUUGCUGCCCGGUCUCGUGGAUGCCCACGUCCACCUGAACGAGCCUGGCCGAACCGAAUGGGAGGGAUUCUGGACCGGCACCCGAGCAGCCGCGAGCGGCGGCGUCACCACCGUCGUUGAUAUGCCGCUCAAUGCCAUCCCGCCGACAACUACUCUCCACGGUUUCGAGGAGAAGCUCAAGGCCAGCCGCGGCCAGUGCUGGGUAGAUGUAGGCUUCUACGGCGGAGUCAUUCCCGGAAAUUCAGACGAGUUGAAGCCACUCGUAGAGGCCGGCGUCAGAGGAUUCAAGGGCUUCCUCAUCGAGUCCGGCGUUGACGAGUUUCCUGCCGUGUCGGCUAAAGAUGUCGCGCUGGCUAUGGAGACUCUCAAGGAUGAGCCGACCACUCUGAUGUUCCACGCCGAGAUGAUUCCUCCCAUUACAGACUCGGUUGGAGAUGCCGUGCAAACGUCUGAUCCUCCUGCCGCUCCCAAAGGCGAAUUGACCGCCUACAGCACAUUCCUCGAGUCCCGGCCGCCUUCUUUCGAAACGUACGCCAUUGAAGAAAUCCUCGCGCACGCCCAUAUCGCCCCAUCGCUGCACCUGCACAUUGUACACUUGUCGGCGACGCAAGCGAUUCCCAUCCUCAAGGCGGCUCGCCAGAGAGGCAUCAACAUCACCGCCGAAACUUGCUUCCACUACCUAGGACUCUCGGCAGAGGAGAUUGAAAAGGGCGACACGAGACACAAGUGCUGCCCUCCCAUCCGCGAGGCCAACAACCGAGAUGGCCUGUGGGAAGAGCUGGUCGCCGAUGACUCCUGCAUCCGAACCGUCGUAUCCGAUCACUCGCCUUGCACUCCUCAGCUGAAGCUGCUCCCCGAUCACCUCGAGAGGCCUUCAAUGCCUCAUUCGGAUUCUGCCGUCGACAUUAAUGGGCCCCAAGAUGCUUCAUCUGUCAAGACUAUAGCCCGUGGCGACUUCUUCGCUGCUUGGGGCGGCAUCUCUUCCGUCGGUCUUGGUCUGCCUAUUCUGCAUACCGCAGCCAAGAAGCGCUCGGAAUCUUCCAAGGCGCCAACCAUUACAGACAUGGUCCGCCUCUGCUGCCAAGCCACCGCCGAGCAGGUCGGUCUGUCUCAUCGCAAGGGCGCUCUGAAGGUCGGCAUGGACGCUGACAUUUGUGUUUUCGACGACACCCACACCUGGACUUUUACCCAGGGCGACAUGCGUUGGAAGAACCGCUGUUCACCUUGGCAAGGCCAUGAGUUUACCGGUCGCGUCAUGGAGACUUGGCUUCGUGGUCGCAAGGUGUUUGAUCUGACAGCUCCCGGCGAUGGCUUUAUCGACGGCAAACCGUUUGGCGAGUCCAUCACCGAGAAGAGAAUUUUUUAAACGACAUGAAAACGAUUCUAUGAUUUUGUCAAGGCAUUUUGAAAGACGAAGAAUAUGAUAUAUGCAUGGACGGCUAGAGAUAGAUGGCAUGAUUCGGUGCAGGCGGGCGUUCUGGGCAUCUUUUACCUUGGGGCAUAGUCAUUUCAUGGCGCAACGUUAAUUGCUGACAUUUAGUUUCUUGGAGUGUAAUGUUGAGGUAGAAAUAAUACAUGAUUAAUGAACCAUCUA